CUGCAACGCAACCCGUUCCCGCUAUCACCUCCACCGCACCAAAUUCGAGGCGCGCGCGAAGAUUUUCGCGUAAGCGACAUACUUAAAGGUGUCCUGCAACCGUAUACACAGUUUCAUUCUGAUUGCGAGAUAGUCAACCUGCGACUCCAUUCACUUUAGCAGCGGCUCACACGCGAAUGCCACCAACGAGUGACUGGCCUAUCGCGAUCUGGUUCAUAUUUACGACGCGAAACGCACAGGAAAACUCGCAGCAGGAAAAUUCGCAGGACGAACUUAGCAGAAACAAUCACAGGACGAUAUCAACAAGAUAACUCGCAGCAGGACAAUUCGCAGGACGAGCUGAGCAGCAAUUUUCGCAGGACGAAAUUUGAACUCGCGGUGAACCAAAAAAUUCGUGAUCACAAUUUGACAAAUAACAGGACGACGUUGAGGAUCCUAAGAGGUCGCAGGGUUGCUAGAAGGGGUAGAUUAAAAUCCAUCAGGAUUUUGAGGACGAUCGUUUGCAGCGGGAUCCUUGAUUUCACCGCAGCAGGAUGAGUGGUGGUGAAAAGAAUUAUGGUUUUGUUGACGAUGGGAGGACAAAUAGUGUUAGCAGUUUCUCAGCGGCCAUCAGUUCCACGGAACAGUUAACGCACAAAGAUAAGGACAACACGUAUACUGUGGAGUUGAAGGAUCUCAAGAAAUCCUUAGAAGCUGGAGAAUAUGAUCCUUUCAAGUAUAGGGAGAUCGAACAUCCAACAACGAAUGCAGAGACAUUUCUCCAUCUGCUGAAAGGCAGUUUAGGCACUGGUAUCCUGGCGAUGCCACUGGCCUUCCACCAUUCCGGUUGGGCGUUGGGUAUUGUGGCCACGACGGCGAUAGGCCUACUUUGCACCUACUGCAUACACAUGCUCAUAAAAUGUGAAUACGAGUUGUGCAAAAGGAAAAAGGUGCCAAGUUUGACCUACCCUGCGACGGCAGAAUGUGCCCUACUCGAAGGACCGGAGUUCAUGCAGAAGUUAGCGCCAUAUUCGGUUCACGUGAUCAAUGUAUUCAUCCUCAUCUAUCAGCUAGGUAUCUGCUGUGUCUACACUGUAUUUAUAGGCGAAAACGUCCACAUUGUGCUCAAAGAAAAUGACAUCUCCGUCGAUGCAAGGUUAGUGAUGUUGAUGUUUCUUCUACCUCUGAUCCUAAUAAAUUACGUGAAGAAUUUGAAAUUCUUGGCACCCCUGUCUACAGUUGCAAAUGCGGUAACGGUUGUGAGCUUCGGCAUCAUCCUGUAUUACCUCAUAAAGGCAGACAUAACUAUGGCUGACAGACAGCCCGUUGGAGAUUAUAGAGACUUCCCACUAUUCUUUGGUACCGUACUAUUCGCCUUGGAAGCUAUCGGAGUGAUAAUGCCACUCGAAAACGAAAUGAAGACACCAAAGUCCUUUGGUGGAUCGUGCGGUGUACUCAAUUUUGGUAUGAUCUCCAUCAUCUUGCUGUACGUAGGCAUGGGUCUUUUUGGGUAUCUAGCAUACGGACAAGAUGUAGGAGGAUCUGUCACUUACAGCAUUGGGUCAGAAAUUCCAGCUCAAGUCUGUAAGUUAAUGCUGGUGUUUGCCAUUUUCAUCACGCAUGCCCUGCAAAUGUACGUUGCAGUGGACAUCGUAUGGAACCAGUAUCUGGCCCCGAAAUUCGAGAAGAAUCCAUACCAAAAUGUGUACGAGUACAUCGUCAGGACGACCUUGGUUAUUGCUUGCUUUUGCCUGGCGGUAGCAAUCCCUUACAUAGACCUGUUCAUCUCCCUCUUCGGUGCUCUCAGUUUAUCCGCACUCGGAUUGGCUUUCCCUGCCACUAUCCAACUCAGUACGUACUGGUACUCCUUGAAAGGGCUCAGUGGCACGUGGAUCAUCGUCAAAAAUAUCCUGAUCAUGCUCUUCGCUGUCUCAGGACUCAUAGUGGGUACUUCAACUAGCUUAGAAAAAAUCAUCGAAAAGUUCUCGCCGGACGUCAAUGUUACGACUAUCCACUAGUUGUAGAUUUUUUGAUAAUGCGGGUGAUAUCUUUCUCAUAGGUUAGUGAAAAAGUGUUGUAUUAAUGCAGGGUGUCACUGUUUUAGCUAGCUGUACAGCGUGAUUUUAUGUAUAUUCCAAUAUUGAAAAGAACAAUUUUAGAGGUCAGUUUUACAACAAAAUCUUAUUCCUAUAUUAAUUUAAAGUUCUUGUAGCAUUAUUAUUAUAAAAAUGGAAUUUUUUUCUAACUAUUUUGAAUUGAGAAAACUGUGACUUGAUAUGUUUCAAGGCUUGCUUCUUUGAACUGAGAUCUUCAUUUCUCAAAAUUCAAGAGUCUCAUUAUUGCAGGAGGCAUUUGAAUACAAGAAAGUGGGUAAAAUGUGCUUAGAACAAUCUUCGAAUGAACAAAUUACUACACUGAAAAGCAAGAUUAUCUCAAAUUAAAUUGCCCCAUUGGAAUCUUGCUAAAACGGUAGGAGAUACAAAGUUGGUUAAAUGGGGGCAUUUACGUAACUAGGAAAAUGAUACAUGGAUAGCUUAGCAGUUCAAAGGAUUUCCAGAUAUAGAAGAAAAAACAGAAUUUGUCAAAUACCUUUUAUUUUUUCCUUGCUUUAUUUGAGUUGAAAAAUUGCACCUUAACAUCAUUGCCACUUUUUCUCAUAGAAGGCAAGGUGGCAUAAUUAGCAAUCUGAUGUUUCGUCUCUUGUCCUCAAUCAUCAACUCUAUCUUUUCUGAUGGAUGCCAUAUUGGAUUAUUACACAGGUGAAUUGAGUUUUUGAUAGUGAUUCAAAAUGUCAUACAUUAAUACCUAUUGUGAAACUAUGAUUAUUAAAAAAAUAGUAUUUCCUAAGUGAGCGUUGAAAUUAUCAGAUAGUCAUUUAUUGCGUAAUCUUAUCAGCCAAGCAUUCUUUCAGUUUUAUAUGAACUUUACAUAGGACCAGAAUUGUUACUAAAAAAGUUCAAGGGUCUAAAGAAGAAGAAUCUUCCUCUGGUUGGACUCAUCAAAUAAUGAACAAGAUAAUGCUAACUUUUUCAUAUUAUUUAAGGGCAGUAAUAAAGACAUUGAAAAUGGAAUGGAAUGGAAUAAUUUUAAGAUACUGAUAGAGACAUUUUUGAGAAAUCGAAACAAUUAACGAUGUUGCAGGUUGCUACACACAGUUCAUAUGCCUCUUAACUAAACAAACGCACAUAUGUUGCAUUUGAAUAAUAUAAAUCUAGGCUGAGGCAUGAUGCAAGAGGUCUCCGAUGUGCUGAAGUGUGAUAGUCGAUAAACACGCUUGUCAAAAACGGAAGCAAUCUUUAAUUCGUCAUGUAAUUUUUGGAAUCAGAAUUAAAAACACUAUUAAUCUGUACAAAAAUCCAAUAUGGCGUCCAUAAGAAAAAAUAAACAUGGUGUUUGAAGACAAGAGACGAAACGUCAUUUGAAGUCCUAAUUAUAUCACCUUGUAGGAGGAGGAAAGGUGACAACGUCAAAGUGCUAUUCGUUUUGAAAUCCCUUAUCAAGUAAGAUCAGAAAAAAAUAAAAACAAAUUCAGGCUAAUUUGGUUUUUUCGUCUCCGAAAAUACCCUGAACUUCGAAACUUUCUAAAUAGCAUUUUCUUAGGUUCUUCAUAUCUCUUAUCGUUUUAAACACCCGGUCUCUCAAAAGCAAAUACUAAUCUUGAAGCAAACAAGUGUUUUAACAUUCUAGAUAAAUGUUUUUUCAUUUAUUAGCUCAUUUUCCUCAUCAUAUAUAUAUAUAUUUAAUUUCGUGAUAAUGUUAAUUAAAGUUAUCUACACAUUGGCUAGAAGCUUAGAAACAAUUGUGGCAUUCUGAAACAGUGAUCGAAUAAGUUUUGUGAUGGAACUGCAAUAGUUCCAGUUCAUACAGUAACUGUAGAUAUGUAAGUUUUAGUAGGCUUAUUAAGAAAUAUACAUUAUCAAAUUACUUUGACCCAUAGAACAUUAAUCCAGUAGCUUUAAACUAUCGAAUUGCAGGAAAUUUGAAACUUUUACCUUAAUGAAUACAGUAUAUGUUGCGAUAUCUCUUUUUGCAACCAGUACUACGUAUUUUUCGCCAGCAAAGGAUUAAAAAAUCUCAAACAGAACAGAUAAAGAAGAUACAAUAGCAAAUUAUUUUCUCAGCAGAGCUUACUUAGUAACCCCAAAUGUUUGAUUGCAAAAUUUUCUGUUCCCUGACUUGAAUGUAGUUAACAAUUUACAAUCCAUUUACAGUGGAUACUUAGUAUCAGUCAACUGAUAUGAAUGCUUAUUGGUUAACAAAAUUAAUGACAGAUAAUUGACCAUAAAUGUGAUUAAAACUCGAAUUCGUAUAUUUCUUAAUAUAGCUAUGCUGAUAAAGUGCCUGAUAUGUUUAGUAAGUAAGACCAUUAUCAUUUUAGUCAUAGACACAAAAAAAAUAAUUAUUAGUUUUUAUUAGAGUACCUUGGAGGGAAUACAUAACUCAUAGCAAUUAUUGACUUUGUUAUCUUCUGAUCACCGAAGUUGGAGGUGAACUUUUAAAAGCUGAUAAUAUCUGUCUGAUACCUCUUUGUGUCCUAAACAUGGACCAACGUGCAAGAAGUGAGUCAUUUCCCAAGGCUGUUUUAUAUGUUAGUGAUUUUCGAAGAUCGCAUUUGGAAGACACUGGACUUAUUUUUGAUACUAUACAUUUAAAAUGCUACAAUUUUUUUGUUAUUACAUCACCCUUUUUUGAUUUCAAAACUUCUAUCAUCGAAGUUCGAGGUGAACUUUUAAAACCCGAUAAUUUAAGUCUAAUAUCUGGUUGUUUCCUAAACAUGGACCAACAUUGCAAGGAGUGAUUCAUUUUCCAAGGUUGUUUUAUCCGUUAGCGAUUUUCGAAGCUGCAUUUUGAAGAUACUGGACACAUUUUUUGAAAAUAACUUAUACUAUAAAUUUAAAAUACAUUUUUUUUUGUUCUCUUUGAAUUCCAAAACUUCAAACAAGUUUUUCAAAGUGUACCUUGAACUUCUACGAUCAGUUAGAACCACGUUUUGCUGACGCAGUUUCGAAAUUUGUAUUUUUAGAUUUGAACAGUAUUAACGACUUGUUGACGUGGACAGACUAUUAUAAUUUGGUAAAGAAUGAAUUCCAAUACUGAAAAAAAACAAUGAGAAAAGGUUUGCAAUAGAACCUCCCGAUUUGCACAGGUUUCCUGCAUCAAUCUUUAAAUGAUAACACAAAAUGUAAUAGUCUAUUCAUUUACUGAAAAGAUUAACUCACACGUAUGUAUCCUAUUAUCAUUAGUAUUAUUUUAUUUAUUUACCUAAAAGGAUUGACAAGUAGUUCCUCCAAUAGAGAGAUUAUUGUAUAUAUUUUAUUACUAAUAGUUACACGAAUAAUUGAAGAUAAUACGAUGAGAUAAAAUGAAUACCAAAUAUCCACUAUAUUUGAAAAUAAGAUUCUAUUUACAAACACAACUACCAUGGAUUUGGACAUUGUUGCUUUUCGAAUAAACGCAUUUAUAUUGUUUAAGCAACUAGUAUCAGAUUUAACUAAGAACUUAAAUAUAGGUACUUCAACCAAAAAAGUAAGAACGUUAUCGAUAAAUUACUCGGUAUGUUUACAAAUUCUGGCUGAAUAUUUGGAUUAACCGAUACUUUAACUUGAAGCUUUAUCAAAUUUAACUAUAGCAAGAUCUUCAUAACAGACUUCUUAUUCUCGAGCAGUCAUGAAUUUUUGUAAAUAGAAAUAGGAAAUCUUUAAAAUGCAUAGCUGGAUGCUCUAUUGAUAUAUAUAUAUUUUUUGGUACCUAUUGUAUAUACUUGUACAGGACGUCCGACUACAAAUUGAGCCCCCUCUAACUUUUUUAUAUGACCGUAUAAAUAAUGCUUCAUACAGAAGUUGUAGGGUCUCAUAUAAAGAUGUAUGUGCCGUAUGCUUUCGUAUGCUCGCUCAUAAAAGAUCUACCUGAUAAAGUUGGAUUUUUCAAAUGGUAUAAUUUUAGUGAACACUUGCAUUAAUUGAGUCAAACAUUUAAAUUUGGUGUGUCAUUUAUUUAUGUGUCCAAGUUCAAACCAGUUUGCAUCUAGUAGUCUAUGAAAUCUAGCAUAGGGACCGGAUAAAUGUCAUCAAACGAAACAAAAGUUUAAAGUUUUUGACUAAAGUAAUGAACAUACGAGUAAUAAGCCAUAGAUAUUUAAAAUCAGAAAAAAACACACAUUUUCACUAAAUUGCAUAAAAAUUAAAACUUUUUCCGAUAGCACUUUUCUGAGACAGCUUGUAUAUAAGAGACAUUGCUUGAAAAACUUAUAUCAAACCGUUAAACUUUUUUAUAACUUUUUAUUUUAAAAGCUCACGCAAAAAAAGUUAAGAGGGGGUCAGUUUAUAGUGUGUACAUCGUACUGAAGCCGCGUAAAUGAGGUAAAAUGUUUUUUGCCUUUAGAUAAUCGUAGAGUUUAGUGAUGUGAAAGGCUGUUUUUACGUAGUAAGUCUUUUGCACAUACCUAUUAAUAUUUCCUGACGCUCAAUUGCGACACAGUUUGGAACUGCCGCAAACUUGUCUAUCUGUGGCAGCCGUUGGUCGAUGCCAGCAGUAGCCAAGCCGAACAACCAGAUGCAGCUAGUAGUUGCCGCUUCUAGUAUCUAGACGUGUCCACAUUUUCGUCCAUUAUUCUAUGAGUUAGCGACUACGGCCGAAAACAGCUACUAUAUUGUUCAGUUUAUGUCGAUAAAAAUAUGAAGUCUGUUCAAAAAAUAACUAAACUUAGUUUUUUACACAUUAUUGGUCCUUGUCCUUCAAGAAAAUCAGUGUGGUGAUUUUAUUUGUUAAUAUUCUUCAAUGCCUGCGACCAAUUUGUUUAAAUGUUCUACAGCAUCAUUUCAGCACUGAUUUAAAUUUAGGAAAUAAGAAAAGUCGUAAGUAGCUAAAUCUGGUGAGUAGGGAGGUUGAGGCAAUUGUUGCCUGUUUGAUCAUGAGGCAAACAUUCAACAUGCACAAGCAUAUCUUCACAUUUGUACUUCUUGAAGUCGUGGAGAUCCUCUACCAACCCACUGUUAUCAGGCUCUUUAUGAAUGUGUCGUCAUAGUUGGUUUGUUGAACGAGUUUCCGUGAAACCUGUACUCUAUGUUCUUUCUGUACUUCUGUCAACAAACAAGGAUUUUACUACAACUCGAUACAUGGUGAAUUUUCACAGUGUUAUGGUAUGACCCUAUUGGGAUCCUAGCUUCUUCUGCAAUUUCUCUGAAAGCUAGUCGAAGAUUUGCACUUACAAGGUCACAGGUUUGCUGAACGUAUCACCAAUUUUGAUCGAAGGUUUUUCUGGUCGAGGAUCAUCUUCAACUUACUGCAACCACUUUUAUAUCGGCAAAAUCAUUCGUAACACUGUACGAUUUAAGUCCGGUUUAUAGUAGAGAUAUCAUAACACAUAGUGCUAUCAAAAAGGAACUCUUUUUUUAAUUGACAUCUGACAUUAAAUUUGAUACAAAUUGUGAAUGUUUCAAUACCGUCAACAGCUAAUCUUGUUUAGCUUUUGCCUAUUUGAUGUGUUUGUUUUGUGUGUAUUUAAAAUUUCUUGAACUCAGUUUGAAUUAAAUUGUUUGCUAAACAAAUUACCGGACUUUAUUCAAAAAAGUAGAAUAAAAAGCCAUAAAAUAAAUCUGCUUUAUCUACGAGAUUAGCGUAUUUUCACUGGUCCAACAUAAGGACAUAGCAUAAGUUAAAUGUUGGUUAACUUCGUAUGUUAUGUUUAUGUUUUAUUCUCUGCUUCCUUGGACUAUAAACGGUCUAAUUUUUAUCAGUGGUUGUAACUUCCUUGUGUUUGUGCUAUGAUUAUGCUAUGUCGACUAUAAACUGAGCCUCAUCUCCGUAAGCUUAGAGAAGUUCACCUCUUUCGGUAAAUGUCUUUCUGCUUCAGGCGAAACUUUGCACACUGGAACACCUUGCAAACAAAAGACAUCAACGCGGGAAAGAAGGGAGAUAUCGGCAAUCCGUAAAGAAUAACUUACGCGGCAAAUUAUGAGGAACACGGUGUUGCCGCGAAAUCUAAAAAGUUCGGUUAUUUUUUUAACAGACAUCGUAUAUAGAAAAUAUAAUCUCUAACUUAUAACGACCAUUGGUGCUUUGUUUUGGCAGCCUAAUGUGAUGAAGAUCUUUGUUAGUGAUGUUAGUUGCCACUAAGAUCCACUUAUUGAGCAUAAUACUCUUACCUUACACAGAUCCAGUGAGUCGGUUGAACGUAACCUGUAAAUAUAUAAUUUACCUCUUAAUAUUAUUAUUGUUGUUUUUAAGCUGAUAUUUUGAAUGAUUAUGAGAAAUAAAGUGUUGCUAUAUUAACAUGUUUUUUUAUGGAGUAUAGGUAUCACAUUAAAAUAUUCACACAGCUUGACUGGGCUAUUAUAAUAUACUGAUAUACCUGUUUGGGAGAUUGAAUCAAUCAUUAAUUCUAAGGCAUAUAGUGACAGAAAUAAUUAAUGUUAAUAAUCUAAGCAUUAUAAAUAGAAUGAAUGAAAUUCUGUGUAAAAUGUU